GUCUGCAAGGCGGUGCUCGGGGCUCCGUCUGUUGGUGGUGGUGGUGGUGGUGGUAUCGCAGCAACCGCGAUGGGCGCGCCACGUGCAGUCGUAGGUGGCAGAAGCUGGCUGGAGGGAAAGACGAGGCUGAUGAAAGUUGGAGGCGGUCGGAGAGGCCAGGAACUGGUAGCCUUGUUAAUCGGAUAUUUUAUUGCAGCGGCGGGAAGAUGCAGAGGUCAAGUCAGGGUCGAAUUGGCGGGGACCAGGGCCAAGUGGCAGAUACUCGCGGAGUUGUAAAGGCGGUGUCGGUGUUGUUGGUGUCAAAGCUCUCGAUAUUCUUUGGUUGUGCUAGGGUGGCUCCUCUCUUUCUUUCCUUCGUGUGUAUUUUCAGUCAGGGGUUGGGCUCCCAGGCGUUGGGCAGCAUAUCUAUGUGUGUUAUAACCGUAGAUUGCAGGAUUGAAUCGAGGCUCUGGAGGAGUAGUUGGAUUUGUCCAGAAGCAUGCACUUUUUUUCUGGAGGAGAGACAAGAUGUCCAAGAAUGCGAGACGAGGGGUGCAAGUGCAAGGCUCGGGCAAAAGGUGACGCUUGAAGGUGGGCAGGAGCCGGAAAGGCAAAAUGUUUCAUGUGCUCCGGGCUGCGUUGGCUGCGUAGGGAACACCCUGAAGAAUUGGUGGGAGAUGCGGCGGUGCGUAAGGUGCGAAGAGGGUGCUGUACCUAAGCCACGGCACUGGCGGGGGAUCCUCCGAUAUGGGAGUCCCAGAUAUUCCCGCCUGUAUUCGUAACGGACCCUGGGGAAACUUCUUCGACG